GUACCGUCGCGAGAAGAGUCGUCAUCUGACGUUAUAGCUUACAGAGUACUUAUACCCCCCUGACGAGGCUAAUUUUGAGCACAGUUUCCCUCAUUCAGUGACACUGAUAUGGCUAUCCCAGACGAGAACAUCCAUCCCACCGCAACAGGAAAUGCUGCUGAAACAGUAGCAGAACACCAAGCGAAGCAAGAUUUGGUGUUCUACUCUGGAUGGUUCUGUCCUUUCAACCAGCGUGUCUGGAUUACCUUACAGGAAAAGGGCAUUCUAUACCAAUACAAGGAAGUCAACCCAUACAAAAAGGAGAAGCAUUUCCUUGAUAUCAAUCCCAAGGGCCUCGUCCCCGCAAUCGAGUACCAGGGCAAAGCUCUAUAUGAGUCGCUCGUCCUGUGCGAGUUCCUUGAGGAGGCUUACCCCAACCAUAAGCCUCACCUCCUCCCCGUUGAUCCAUUCGAGCGCGCACAUGUGCGCCUGUGGAUCGACCACACGUCGAAGAACAUCAUUCCAGCUUGGCAUCGUCUUCUCCAGGCACAGAGCGUAGAACAGCAAGACGCUGCACGCCAGGAACUCUACGUUGCGCAGAGAAAGCUCGCGCAGCAGGUCAAGGGCCCCUAUUUUACUGGGGAAGAAUUUGGUUUGGUCGAUGUCGCUAAUGCGCCAUGGGUAGCUCGGGCGUAUAUUCUUACUGAACACCGGGGGUAUGACAGAGCGCAAGUAGGCGACGGUUGGAGCGAGUAUGCGGAGCGCUUGGCUACGCGCGAGAGCAUCAGCAAAACCUCAAGCGAUGAAGACAAGAUUCAGGUUAUCUAUGAUCGGUAUCUUCGCGACGAAGCUCAAAGCGAGGUUGCAAAGGCUCUCAGGGCUGGCAGGCCUUUACCUUAGUACGAGAAAAGUUGUGUAGUAUGUAAUGAUAAAGACUGCAGGAAGCAUUGUAUGACGG